UGUUUACCAGUGGGACGAGCUGGGUUCCUGGUGCCUGGCGGAUGGAGCAGAGCAGAGCGGUGAGGGAUCUCGAGAAGCAAUGGCCACAGAAGCCCCUGUGCAUAUACCACCACCUGAAUGCAGCACCGCCGGCGGCACAGCAGCUGACAGCAUCAUUUGGCAGCCACGGCCACUAAACAUGCAUGUCAUAAGGCCCAAGUCCGCCAAGGGACGCACCCGGCCGAGUCUGUGCAAAUCCCAGGGCACAGAGGUCAGCUCUCACCACGUACCACCUUCUCUGCCUCCAGCCAUUCCCUGUGAGUCAGCCAGCAGCCAGGAGCCAGGAGCCUGUGCACCCAGCUCUCCAAAUCAGGGGCCUCCCGAUGAGAUCCCUGAGCUGCUGCAGCAAGUUCCCAUUGGGGCUUCCUCUUCUCUCAAUAAAUACCCAGUCCUUCCUUCUAUUCACAGAAAGAGCCUAGAGGAGGGGGCUGUGGAAACAGUGGCUAGAAAAGCCAGCUCACUGCACCUGAGCAGCAUCCGGGCUCUGUAUCAAGAGAAGACCUGCCCUGUGAAGACAUGUGAGGAAGCGUCCAGAACUCAAGUCUGUGACCCAGAAGGGAAACCCAACGUCCAAACCAAGAGUCGGGGCUCCUCCAGGGUUAGAGAUCUAGAGGAGCCAUCAGAUCGGGAACCAAGGCUGCUGCUUGCUGUCAGAUCACCGUCAGGCCAAAGGUUCGUACGCCACUUCCGGCCAACCGAUGACUUACAAACAGUUAUCGCCGUGGCAGAACAGGAGAACAAAACCACCUACCGACACUGCAGCAUCGAGACCAUGGAGGUGCCCAGGAGACGUUUCUUUGACCUCACCAAAUCUCUGCAAGAGUGCAGAAUCCCUCACAAGUCGGUGCUGGGCAUUUCACGGGAAGACAGGGCGGGGUGGCCCUGAGUCCACAGACAGCCCUCUAGCCAGGAUCCUGGGACUCUGAGCAUGCUUGGGGGCCAUGGCUUCCCAGGCAGCCUGGUGCCAAGUGCCAUGUGGACUGGUGCAGCUGGGACUCUUGUCUCCACAGCAUGUCUCCGGAGGCUGUGAGACCUUCACAUACACCAAGUGUGCUGAGAAAGACUCUCUCCCCGUCGUUACAUCCUCUCCAGCACUGGAGUGAACUGGCAAGUUAUCGUGACUACUCCCGAAACAGCUGUGGCCAGGCCUUCUCCUCUCCAGAGUUCUGGGUCCUUCUCGAAUAAUGGUCCUUUCUGGAGCACCUGCUUGCCUUUUUUUAACUCUGGUUCUCUUAACGCCAAUGGUUUGCCUUUCUGUAUUUGAUGCAGGAUUAAACACUUCUCAGAGA